UGGGGUGCGGAGGGCACGGAUGCGGGCGGAGGCUGCUGAGGCACUGUCCCACCGGUGGGGGAAGGAGGGAGGUCCGGCGGCUGGCACCUGGUGGGUUCUAGACCCAAGGUUUGUCUGCAGAAAGGGACCAGUAGGCGGGAUGGGUUCAAGGUGGGGACAUGGGAUGCAGCGGUCAGAGCUGCCUGGAGGGGGACCUAGUGGUCCCGAUGGAGCUGUGGUCUUUGAGGUACUGACGAGGAGGGACGGGGAGUGUGAUCAGAAGUCUGUUUAAUGGGAGGUUGAGUGGAGCGCAAGUGUCCCGUGUUACUGAGGAAUCAAUGGGGGCGAAUAAGAGUAUUUUAGUCGAAGUGUUCAUUGAUUGAUUAAUGAGAGAGUGGCAGAGUAAGCAACUAGAAUACAACGAGUGGUGGAUGGGAAAGUGAUCCCCGAUGGAUUGAUGGAGGUAUGAUAUUCAACGGGUUAAUGGACAGUGAUGGGGCAUAGUAAUGGCAAGGAUCAUGGUGAGGCUGUCGGGGGAAUCAGCCGAUGGAGAUCAUGAUCAAGGGGCCGUGGUGAAAGAAGAGAUAAUGAGAGGCUGAUGGUGUUGUAGUCAGAGUCAGUAGUUGGGCUAUGGUGGCAUGACCGUCGAGGAAUUAAUGGGGACAGAAUGAGCAAAGAGAGGUAGUAAACUAGGGUUUUGAGGGGAUUUAACUUUUGUGGGUACAUAGUAGGUGAAUAGCAAACUGUUGGAGUGUGAUCAUCCAGUGAUGGAUCCAUGGAGAGCGGGGUAGACAGUGCGGGGGAAAUGGGGAACUGAUGAGUGAUUAUCAGGGAGCAAUGUGUUUGUUAAUGAAAGGGUUACAGGGCAGGGGACUAGUGCUGUGAUCUAUGAAGGGUCUAUUGGAGAAAACUAAGUUAAUGGGGGCUGAUAAAUCAGUAAUUGAGUGCUCAAUGGGGAGCUAAUAGCCAUGAUUCUCCAGGUGUUAAUAGAGGUUCAUAAGGAUGUAGUAAUAAUGGGACCGUUUAAGGGAUUAACGGGGAAUGGGGUAGAAUGAGAGAGAUAUAGGGAGUGGGAGGUACAAUGAGGUUGUAUUAGGAUAAUGGUGCAAAGCAAGGGAUUCAUGGGAGGCUAAUAAGACUAUAUGAAUCUAGGGACAAUGGAGACAACUGGGGAGACAGGCAGUGAGAUGUUAAUGGGCAUGACAUGGGCAGAGACGGGUUGACACUGACAGUUGCAGGGUUUAAUGUGUGGAGUGUGGGUGACAGUGAUCGGAGGUGGACAGGUUCACAAGUGGGCCAUCUAUGGGAUGAAUGCUGGGUUUACGGGAUCUUUUGUGGGAACUGUGGGGUAAGUGAUGGGGGCAGAGAGUCUCUGUGAUAAGCAAUGGAGCCUGAGAGUUCAGUGAUAGGGUCCUUUGGUCCCUAUAAGGUCAGUGGGGUCAGUGCCAGGGCUUUGGUCAGCCCCUCUUCUGUGUGAGCUGUCAUGUGGGUCAGAUGAGCCCAGUUCAGUUUGUGUGGUUCUCUCCACCCUACCGAGAUAGGUGGUCGCCCAGUCAUCUGGUUACCGAUACUGGGAGGCAUCAGCUGACUGUCCACAGGUCCUUGGGCAACUGGAGUGUGAGAUGGGACGGACGUCGAAGGACAAGCGGGAUGUCUACUACCGCCUGGCCAAGGAGAAUGGCUGGCGUGCCCGCAGCGCCUUCAAACUGCUACAACUGGACAAGGAAUUCCAUCUCUUUCAAGGCGUGACACGGGCAGUUGACCUGUGUGCAGCCCCGGGCAGCUGGAGCCAGGUGCUGAGCCAGAAGAUUGGGGGCCAAGGGUCCGGCCAUGUGGUGGCUGUGGACCUGCAGGCUAUGGCUCCACUACCAGGUGUAGUACAGAUCCAGGGCGACAUCACUCAGCUGUCCACUGCCAAGGAGAUCAUCCAGCACUUUAAGGGCUGCCCUGCGGACCUCGUGGUGUGUGACGGGGCUCCUGAUGUAACCGGCCUCCAUGAUGUUGACGAGUAUAUGCAGGCCCAGCUCCUCCUCGCUGCUCUGAACAUCGCUACACAUGUCCUGAAGCCAGGGGGCUGCUUUGUGGCCAAGAUAUUCCGAGGCCGGGAUGUGACGCUCCUCUACAGCCAGCUGCGGGUCUUCUUCUCCAGCGUGCUGUGCGCCAAGCCCAGGAGCAGCCGGAACUCCAGCAUCGAGGCCUUCGCCGUCUGUCAGGGCUAUGACCCUCCCGAGGGCUUCAUGCCGGACCUGAGCAAACCCCUGCUGGACCACUCUUACGACUCAGAUUUCAACCAGCUUGAUGGUCCCACCCGCAUCAUUGUGCCUUUUGUGACGUGUGGGGACCUGAGCUCCUAUGACUCAGACCGCAGUUACCCACUGGACCUAGAGGACGGCUCAGAGUACAAGUAUACUCCACCUACACAGCCCCCCAUCUCACCGCCAUACCAGGAGGCCUGCACGUUGAAGAAGAAGGGGCAGCUGGCCAAGGAGAUCCGCCCCCAGGACUGCCCCAGCAGCAGAGUGGACACAUUUCCCCAGCCCCUGGCCGCCCCUCAGUGCCACACCCUGCUGGCCCCUGAGGUCUGGAAAUGUGACUCUGAGCCUGCAUUGACCCCUUCCCCAUUUGCCUCUUUCUGACCCAAACCUCAUGGUUUCUGGGGCCAAAAUUCUCUUUCCUGUCUCCCAAUAGCUAUAAAAAAUUGGUAAAAACCAAGCAUAAUGAAUGGAAAAGUUUCACCAAA